AAUGGGAAGCACUGUCAAGGAAUACUCCCUUGAAUGGCUUGUAGACGAUGAAGUUGUUCAUGUCACUCCAAAAACUGGUUUUGAAGUUACUCAAAAGAAAAUCAGUAAUAGUGUGAUAGGAGAACUGACGCAUGUGAACGUUGACAGAACAUACUACCUCGAAUGCCAGUCAAAGGAGUUCAAGAAUAUUAGAAUUUCGAAACUCAUCUAUGUUUAUACAAUGGAUAUACAAAGUAACUAUCAAAUUCCAUUGAUGGAGAAAGAAAAAAGCCUCGUUUUUAAUUGCUCUAUUGGAGAUGUUUCGGCGGCUAAGGCCAGCGAUUUAGAAUGGCGUAGAAAUGGAGAAGAAAUAGACGAAUAUGAUAGGAAGCAUUUCUAUGAUAUCAAGAUUUACAAUAAUAUCUCAUCUUUAACAAUAAAAAAACCAAACAUUCGAAGAGAUUCCGGAAAUUUUAGUUGCCUAAUCAAGAUUGAUUCAGGCAUUUUCCAAGAUACGAUCAAAAUCGAAUCGCAUCCGUAUGUUCAAUUCGAAAAUGACCGGUCUAUAAAUCUUGUACAAGGUGAUGUUUUAACUCUGCAGUGCGAAAUUUACGGCUAUCCUCCCCCUAGUGAAAUUUACUGGGUUACCCCUAAGGGCAUUAAAAUUGACAAAUCGGACGAUAGGAUCAUGCUAUCAUCCUAUAAUGUUUCAGAAAACGCAACCCUUACUAUAAAGAACGUAGAUUUUGAUGACAAAGGAGGGUAUCUAUGCGUAGCGUCAAACACUCACGGCCUUCACAACGCAACCAUAACAGUAAGAGUUAAAGAUAGAUUGGCAGCUCUGUGGCCCUUCCUAGGAAUAUGCGCCGAAGUGUUUUUGUUAUGCUCCAUAAUAUUUUUAUAUGAAAGGUCUAAGAAGAAGAAUAGUCCAGAGGGUGUUAGUGAAAAUGAAGAUGAGCGUAGAUUAACGAAUUCGAACGACAAUAGCCAAUUAAGGCAGAGAAAAUUGUAA